GUGAACUUGUAUAAGUAGAGCAAGAAACAUAAAUUCAAAUCUCCUAACGUUUACUCCCUAUUGUCAACUUCUCCUUAGUCCUCUCCAUCACAUGGAUUCUCCACUUCUCCAAUGAGGUUUCCGUUUCGGUCCUACUUCAAAUCCCACCAUCGCCAAACCCUAUCUUCUCUCAGAUUUAUUCUCGAUUCUCUUUUCUUUUUGCUCUCAAAAUUUAAUCCCAUGGCCGGCAAUCAGCACGCGACACCUCACUCCGAUGAUCCUCCGCCGUUUGAUCCAUCGGAACCGUCGAUUCCGAUAUCUUACCCGCUUAAGACGCUAGAAGAGCUCGAGUCGAGGUCUUAUUUCGACUCUUUUCAUUUCCCGUUCACUAAGGCUUCCGUGAAGUUGCCGCCUUACGCCGCCAAUGAAUUGCCGAAACGACCUAGGCUUUUGGUAUGCCACGAUAUGGCUGGAGGAUACCUUGACGAUAAGUGGAUACAAGGCGGAAGUAAUCCAGAUGCUUAUGCUAUAUGGCAUUGGUAUUUAAUUGAUGUAUUCGUGUAUUUCUCGCAUUCUUUGGUUACUCUGCCGCCUCCCUGUUGGACUAACACUGCCCACAAGCAUGGAGUUAAGGCUGGUCACUUCCUCCUUUUCCAUUGAGCUAUAUUUCAUUUAUUAUAAGGUACUGGGAACAUUUAUCAUGGAGUGGGAUGAAGGCAAAUUUCUUGCCAACAAAUUACUGUCAUCAAAGGACUCAGCUAAGAUGUAUGCAGAGCGGUUAAGUGAGCUUGCUGCUGCUUUAGGCUUUGAUGGAUGGUUGGUCAAUAUGGAAGUUUCAGUGGAUGUUGGGCAAAUUCCUAACCUGGAAGAAUUUGUCAGCCACUUAACUCAGUCCAUGCAUUCCCUUGUCCCUGAAUCUUUGGUCAUAUGGUAUGAUAGCGUCACUGUUGAUGGGAAGCUUAACUGGCAAGAUCAACUAAAUGAAAAAAAUAAGCCUUUUUUCGAUAUAUCUGAUGGUAUAUUUGUGAACUACACCUGGCAGGAGAAUUAUCCUAAGCAAUCAGCUGAGGUUGCCGGUUACAGAAAGUUCGAUGUCUAUAUGGGAAUUGAUGUCUUUGGAAGAAACACUUAUGGUGGUGGACAAUGGACGACAAAUUUGGCACUUGAUGUGAUUAAGAGGGAUAAUGUGUCAGCUGCCAUAUUUGCUCCUGGAUGGGUGUACGAGACAAAACAGUUACCUGACUUUCAGACUGCGCAGAAUCGUUGGUGGGGGCUUGUAGAAAGAUCAUGGGAUAUUUCACAAAAUUAUCCCCUAACUCUUCCAUUCUACUCAAAUUUCGAUCAGGGUCAUGGUUACCAUAUUUCUGUUGAUGGAAAGCAAAUAUCACAGACUCCUUGGAAUAACAUUUCUUCGCAAAGCUUUCAGCCUCUCCUGGAGUUUUUUGGAGAAUCUACUGCAGGGAAUCUAGAAGUUGUUGUUGAUCUUAAGGUGCAAUCUUAUAAUGGAGGUGGAAACCUAACAUUCAAUGGAACACUUGAUGAUGAUAUUCAUUUCUCAGCAAGGUUGUUUGAAGGGAAGCUUCAGUUAGCAGAUUCACCUGUUCACUUUACAUUUUCUGUAAAAUCAAAUGGAAGCUCUUUGUUGGGUUUGUCUCUUGAGUUCACUUCUGCUGUAAGGAAGCAAAAAUCAGUAUUACUUGCUUCCUGGGGAGAUUCUUUGAUGACUAUGACCCGUUUUGUUAGACAUUUUGACAAUGUAAUAAUGCCUCGUCGUGUUACUAAGCUAGAGACUGAACCAUCAUGGGUCAUACUAGAAAGUAGUAUCGCAAUGGAAGGAUACAUGUUAACAAAAAUCCAUGCUGUAUGCUAUAAGUUAAGACCUGAAGUUCACAAAUCAGAACGUCAAGGUAAAACCAUGGCUUUUUCUCCAACAGAAUAUCAUGCGGUGCUUGGUCAUCUUGCAAUAGAUAGUCGUACACAGAACUCGAACUUCCCACCAUCAACUUCAUGGCUUGUUGACGGUAAUUACAUUGAAUGGUCUUCCGGUUCUCAUGGCUCCAGGAAACUUAAUGUCAAGCUUGUUUGGAAAUUGAAAGACGGAAAAACUCACCUAUUCCCUAAGUAUUAUAUCUAUGUCAAGAAACAACCCAAUCUCUCAAUUGCAGAACCAAAUAGAUCACUUCAGCUAGUCCAGGAGUACCUGGGAGUUGCGGAAGUUGAAGCAUUUUAUGUAUCUGAUCUAGUAGUUUCCUCUGGCACUUCAAGGAUCAAAUUCAUUAUUCAAGUUUGCAGCCUGGAUGGAGCUUUCCAAAAGCUAGAAGAGUCUCCAUCUCUUGAUUUAGAUGUUCAAGGUUCGUAAAUGUUGUUACUUUAUAUUCUAUAGUUAAAUUAUUGCAUCUGUUCCAGGUUCUAUAGGAGAAGACUAAAGUAAUGUUGAUAUACUUAAACAUGCCGUAGAAUAAUUUGGUUUAUGUAUACAGCUUGUUAUACCUCUACAAUAAUGUACAACAGUGCAAGUAUUUAACGUGUAAAGGUAGUAUCUUGUAUC